GGAGACGAAGAAGACGUGGGGGGCGAGGAAGAAGAAGGAGAAAGAGCUCAAGAAGGAGACGAAGAAGAAGUGGAAGAAGAAGAAGACAGAGACGAGACGCGACGCUUUAAACAAUGGCGGCGCGCGACGCAAGCGUUGGCGUUUCGUUGGAUGAGGCAGAGAAUGUUGACGAUGGGAGAAAAGCUGUGUGUUUACUCGUGCUCGGCAUGGCCGGAUCCGGCAAGACGACCUUCGUUCAGAGGCUGGCGGCUCACCUUCACACCCUCCAAAGUCCCCCGUACCUCAUCAACCUGGACCCGGCCGUUCACGAUGUUCCCUUCCCGGCCAACAUAGACAUUCGAGACACGGUCAACUACAAAGAGGUGAUGAAGCAGUACGGCCUGGGACCCAACGGAGCCAUUGUCACGUCGCUCAACCUCUUUGCCACACGCUUCGAUCAGGUGAUGCGUUUCAUUGAGAAGAAGCAGCACAGUCACAGGUACGUGCUCAUCGAUACGCCGGGCCAGAUCGAAGUGUUCACGUGGUCGGCGUCGGGCAGCAUCAUCACGGAAGCGCUGGCCUCGUCCUUCCCCUGCGUGGUGCUCUACGUGCUGGACACGUCCCGCAGCGUCAGUCCCGUCACCUUCAUGUCCAACAUGCUGUACGCCUGCAGCAUUCUCUACAAGACCAAACUGCCCUUUGUUGUGGUCAUGAACAAAACAGACAUCAUUGAGGAAAGCUUCGCCGUGGAGUGGAUGAAGGACUUUGAGGCUUUCCAGGACGCCCUCAACCAGGAAAGCUCGUACGUCAGCAACCUGACGCGCUCCAUGAGUCUGGUCCUGGACGAGUUCUAUGCCAACCUCAGGGUAGCGGGCGUGUCGUCAGUGACGGGCAGCGGAUUGGAGGAGCUGCUGGUUCAGGUGCGGGAAGCCGCCGACGAGUACGAAAGGGAUUAUCGACCGGAAUACGAGAGACUCCGCCAGCAGCUGACGGAUGCCCAGAGCGGAAAGCGGCGGGAACAGCUGGAGCGACUGGCCAGGGAUCUCGGCGCCGUCCGCAUGCCGUCGGCGUCUGUUGCAGAAAAAGUCCACGUGGGCGGGCCCAGCGACCUCAUUAUGACUCGUGGCAUCUGUGACUCAGAAGAUGACACGGCGGCAGCGGCGGACAGCGACACGGAUGACGUGGACCACAGUAAAGUGGAGGAGAGCAAAGAGAAGGACUCCUUUGGAAUUUUUCUGCGCGAGAGGAGGGAGGUGGUCGAAGUGCGAAAUCGCAAUACACUCUGGCCAGAUCAGGCCAGCCCCAACCAGCAAUUUCAGCAGCAGCAAUCUCUCCAAAAAUUCCCUCAACAGACACUGACCGCCGUUGGUCACUCAGCUGGUGAGUAGUACGUACAUAGAGCGGCUGGUUGGCUGGCUGCUGUGGUACGUUGAUGGCCAGUAGUCCAGAAGCCGUCCGAACCACGCAUCAAACACGUUCCAUCUGAUUGUAUGUUUGUUAAAGCUCGCUGCUCAGAAGAUGCUGCACUUUAGCUGGCUGAGGUUUUACUGCUUCACUGAACUUUUCAAAUCAUUUCAAGCAGCAAAAGUGGCCAAAUAACCAGUGGCACAGGCCGUGCUUGUUGCAGCAAAGAUGGCAACAAUGGUUGCCCAUGUGCAGCACGAUUGAGGAUGUAUGGCGCAUGCGCAAGGUUAAAGGGCCACAAAGACGAUUACAAAAAAAGACAUGGUGUGUUUUUAAUUUAUUUAUUGCAAUUUAGACAUGACAGACAGCGUGUAUAAAAAAAAAAGACGGGCAAUUUUGCUAUCGGGCUGAGCGACGCGUUUGAAAGUUGAUGGCGUUUUAAAACCGCUCACCUUGUGACUAUUUUGCCAAAUGAUGAACUUGUUCAGAGGCUGAAAUUUGGACAACUAACCAUGAGCAACUCAUCCGAUGCUCGAUUAGUUGUCGAGAGGAGGGGCUAAGUUGCAGCAUGAAGCGCGUAGUCGGUCAGGUCAGUCCGUCCUGGCCAAGCUGUCGUGUCACUUGCCAUAAGAGUCGCAGGAGCGCGUCUGCCUUGUAUGGAAAAAGUUUCUUGUGGUGCAGCCUGGCCAGCAAGAGGUGCAGCCGGAGCAGACAACGCCUUGCUCUCCCCAACGUGUGCUCGCCCGUCCGCCUUCGCCCUUCUCGGCCAAAGGGAACCCUCGGCAGCGCCUCCGCGUCCAGUCGCCGGCACGAGGCGGCGAAACUCCGCCACUCAGUCCUCAGGUAGCGCAGGUAGCGCAGAAAGUACUCCAGGAAGCAGGUUUCCGUCGACAUGAGGAAGUCCAGCAGGAUGCGGUGGUCCCACCAGACGGCGCGCAGGAGGAACAGGAAGUGGCAGUGCGGGUUGCAGCCGGCGGUGCAGGGGGCUUCGGCGCUCGAGGAGUUCUCUCUGCCGGGAGGCACAAAGGCGCAUUUGCUCUUGGCAAGGGCGGCGCUGCCAAUGCUGGAAAUCCACUCAGCACGAGCGAGCCACUUGAAUUUUCUUUUGGCUUCACAAAUAGUGACCAGUCUGCUCCCAGUGUGGACCUGGCAGCGCUAUGCAUGGCAGCAGCCUCCCACUGGUGUGUGAAUGUGCGGCGUUGUAAAGCGCCAAAUGCGUGCAGUCCAGUGACGUACCUGAGGCGGAGGAAGAUGACGUGCGCCGCUUUGGCCGCUUCCAUCAUAUCGUCGUCCUGCUCAGCAAACAGCAGCGGGAGGAGCGCGCAGUCGUGAUCGGCGUCCGUCGGCCGGAGUCCCCUCUCGCGCAGGAACCGCCAUAGACGUGUCAGAUGACCCCCGGCCUCCCCGUCGCCUGGACAAAUGUGACGCGGUGAUGGUGGGGGACCGCGAGACCGGUGCUCUCAUGACCACCGCAAGGAUCAAAAAAGGUUUCCCGUCUGAGCCGCACAAGCGCACGUUUUGACGGGAAAACAUCCAUCCAUCCAUCCAUCCAA